CUUUGAUACGGCCUGGGAAGACGCUCACGGGAAGGGCUGGCCAGGCUCUGACACAGGCAGCGAGGAUUCGCACUUCCAUGACCCGGUGGCUCCCGCCGACCCGGUGGUUGCCGAGUUCUGUCGGAUGGUCUUGAAGAUUGUUGCCGAUGCCCAGCUUCACCGCCGAGCCCACACUCCUUGCUGCUUCAAGUAUGAACGGUACAAACGGGCGGCGCAGCGCAAAGGGAAAUCUCGGUUCUCGUUCCCUCGAGCGCUCAUUCGAUGUACCUACAUUGACAAGAAGACUCGCGUAAUCCACAUGCGUCGCCACCAUCGAUGGGUCAACGCGUUCAAUCCAUUCAUUGCCUACCUGCUGAAGUGCAAUCACGACAUUCGAUACCUCGGACAAUCCACUGAUGCAGCAU